AUGUUGUCGAUCUGCUUUCGGUGCGUAAGCCACGCAAGCAGAACUAUCGAUAAUGCUGCGAGUCGAUGCAUCUUUUCCGCCGAUAAAUCUAUCAAAUGCAAGCGUUGCCGUGCUAUCAAGUCAACUUGCAUCCUUCUCCUCGCAAAAGUCGUUAAUGCCGGCAUAGUCUUAAUAAAUGCGAUGACGGCUAUAAACAAUAGAACUAAGACGGCCGACGACGUUUUUCGUAAGAGCACAGUUGCAAAUAACUUCUUUAUAAAGACCCGCCGUGCUUUUGCCUUCCGUGUUAGCGAUGCUUCUUCUUUUCUUCGAGCUCGUGUCGCCGCUGCUUCCUUUGCCGCCGUUAAUACUAGAAGUCCUUUGGCUAGCUUAAGUCUCGUUUCGGCGUUACGCUUACUUGCCGCCGCUGCUACCGCCGAUCCAGCUUCGCUAGACUUGCUGCGUCAGAUCUUAGCUGCAGUAGAUCGAAACAAUACCUUGCUAAGUAACUUCUUUAGCCGCCAAAAAAGCUUCGCCGAAGUGCUCGCUAAGCUUCUAAUCGCAGCAAUACCGGUAGUUCCUUUUCGCGAGGUUCUAGCCGUAACAAUACUCGUGGUUCUACGAAAGGUUCGAGUCGUAGCAACAUCGGUAAGACUUCGAAAGGUAAGAGCAGUGCUUAAGGUGCUGCGGAGGGCUCUCGCACCAUUCCACUUAGCCUUGAGUUGUGAAGUCGAAAGGGUUUUUAUCGCGUGUCGGCAGCUUGCUAAGUAA